UCCGCCCAGCAGCGCGCGCUUUGAGUGCCCGGCCUCGGCCCCGGCUCCCGCGCGCGGGUAGGAGUGGCGCUUGGCCGAGAGUCUUCGGCGGUUUGCGAUUCCACCCGCCACUUCCCUUUUCUGCCCACGCUAGGGACUCAUCCCUCUACCGGCCGGUUUCCCGUUAGGGGCUCUGUCUGCGUUCUUGCCCCAGAAUGACUUCCUUCAGGGCGCGGUUGCGGGAGCCUCACGCGUCAGCUCUGUGCCCAUGAAGAUCUUGCUGGGGACUUUCCAGCCCGCCACCAUGAACGGGGCCCUGAUCCCCCAUACGCCCAUCGCGGUGGACUUUUGGAGCCUGCGCCGGGCUGGUUCCGCACGGCUCUUCUUUUUGUCCCACAUGCACUCGGACCACACCGUGGGUUUGUCUAGCACCUGGGCUCGGCCCCUCUACUGCUCCCCAAUCACUGCUUACCUUGUGCAUCGUCACUUACAGGUAUCUAAGAAGUGGAUCCGAGCCCUGGAGGUUGGUGAGAACCAUGUCCUGCCUCUAGAUGAAAUUGGACGAGAGACCAUGACUGUAACCCUCCUGGAUGCCAAUCAUUGCCCUGGUUCUGUCAUGUUUCUCUUUGAAGGAUACUUUGGAACGAUCCUCUACACAGGUGACUUUAGGUAUACACCAUCCAUGCUAAAGGAGCCAGCCCUAAAACUAGGGAAACAGAUCCAUACCUUAUACCUAGACAACACCAAUUGCAACCCAGCCUGGGUGCUUCCUUCCCGACAAGAAGCUGCCCGCCAGAUUAUUGAGCUCAUUCGAAAGCACCCACAGCAUCACGUAAAGAUUGGACUCUACAGCCUGGGAAAAGAGUCACUGCUGGAGCAGCUGGCCCUGGAGUUUCAGACCUGGGUGGUAUUGAGCCCUCGGCGCCUGGAGUUGGUGCAGCUGCUAGGCUUGGCAGAUGUGUUCACGGUGGAGGAGAAGGCCGGCCGCAUCCAUGCCGUGGACCAUAUGGAGAUCUGCCAUUCUGCCAUGCUGCUUUGGAACCAGACCCACCCAACCAUUGCUAUCCUCCCCACAAGCCGGAAGAUCUACCGCUCCCACCCCGACAUCCACGUCAUCCCUUACUCGGACCACUCUUCCUACUCGGAGCUUCGGGCCUUUGUUGCAGCACUGAAGCCUUGCCAGGUGGUGCCCAUCGUCAGUCGGCAGCCCUGUACGGACUACUUUCAGGACAGCCUGAGCCCCAGGCUCUCUGUGCCCCUGAUCCCAGACUCCGUGCAGCAGUAUAUGAAGUCCUCCUCAAGAAAUCCAAGCUUGCUCUGGCUUUUGUUGGAAAAGAAACUGAAGAGGCCGAGAACCCGGGGUGUCGUGUUUGACUCCUUUCAGGACACUGCCGAUCAAUCUCAACCUGACACGGUCUCGAAGAAGGCCAAGAACGAGCACCUUUCCGGGCGCCUCGCGAAGCAGGCUUCCCACCACCCUUUGCAGAUCAAGAAACCGUUGUUCCCGGACCUCUGCCAUCAAGAGCGGGAUGGGGCAGUCCCUUUCUCAGAGUCCCAGAAGAUGGGGACUGUACUGACUACCCCCUUGAGUGUUUCGGUGCACUUACAGCCCACAGAUGAGGAAUUUAUGUCUCUAGAAACUGGGGAGGAAAUCGGCGUGGGGCCCCUCUCGGCCCCCCGGGGAGGCCAUGAUGGGUCAGCAGCCACAGGGAACCCAAGCGCUUGGACGGGCCAGGAUUUCCCCCUGACUCAGACCAGCGAGGCUUCCCCUCUGUGGGCUCCGGAGUUCAGGGGCCUGGCACUGAAAUACCUUCUGACUCCAGUGAACUCGUUCCAGGCCCAAUUCUCUUCAAAGGGCUUUGACCAGCAAGUGGAAAAAUACCAUAAACACUUGCUGAAGUACAGAGAGGAGAGUGCAGAAUGAUGCCUUUAACCCAACACCUCAGUCGUAAAGAUAGUGACUGAUGGCUGCUGGGAGAGUUUGUUUUGGGCCUUACUUUUCUAUCAUCACAGGAUCCCCACGGGCUCACCCUGGAGUGAGUUCUCAAAGUGUGUUCAUUGGAACCCUAGUGCCCAUGGAGUCAUUAGUUUUACGGUUGGCCGUGAUCAAGAAUCACUUUUCAGGGCUCAGUCGGUUGAACAUCUGACUCUAUUUCAGCUCAGGUCAUAGCCUCACAGUUUCAUGGGUUCCAGCCUCAC